ACGAGCAAUGACGACACUGCAAGAGAGGAGUUAAAAAAUUAGCCCAUGCCCAUAAUUUGGUUCGGUCGUGUAGUCGAUUGUCGAGCGCCGCGCAGUCGAUUUUGCUUAACGGCGACUGCCUUCUCAUUUCGUCCAUCGCGAUGGCGGAUAAACAAACCUCUCAGAAAAGCGUUAAGAUCGCAGCUGGAGCUGUGGUGUGUGUUGAGAGCGAGAUCAAAGGAGAUGUGACUAUAGGCCCGAGGACAGUGGUCCACCCCAAAGCCCGAAUUAUUGCAGAAGCGGGACCCAUCGUGAUCGGAGAAGGCAAUCUGAUCGAGGAACAAGCCGUCAUCAUUAACAGUUACCCAGAAAACAUCACACCAGAUGCCGAAGUGGAGCCAAAGACGAUGACAAUCGGCGUCAAUAAUGUAUUUGAAGUCGGCUGUUUGUCCCAAGCCCUGAAAAUUGGAGACAACAAUGUUAUAGAAUCGAAAGCCGACGUCGGGAGGAACGUCAUCCUCACCAGCGGCUGCAUCAUCGGGGCCUUCUGCCAGGUCAACACCUGCGAGGUCAUCCCCGAGAACACCGUCAUCUACGGUUCCGGGUGUAUGAGGCGGGUGCAGACGGAGAGGCCGCAGCCUCAAACACUUCAGCUUGAUUUCUUAAUGAAGAUUUUGCCCAACUACCAUCACUUGAAGAAAACCAUUAAAAUCAGCCACACUGCUAGUUAGUUAAUCUUCCAAAAAAAUGAAAUUGUGGAAGAAUAAUGUAUAUAUUUAUUUUCAUCAGUACUCUUCCUUAAUGGUAUUUUCUAUAAGCCACAACAGUUUACCUUUACCCCGCUGUGCAAAUAUGAGCAGAUACAAUAAAUGUGCAAAGUUUUCACUCA